UCUCAUCCAGCAUGGCCGCGCUGUAUGAGGGGUACACGUUGUGCGGACUUGCUCCAGCACAAAAUCUGUCAAAUUCAGGCAUUCAGGGGGUCGAAGCGGAGAGAGACAUCGACCAUGUCGUCGUCACCGACUCAACCAGAUCCGUCACGCUCUACAAGGUUUCAGACCAGAAGCCACUGAACAGCUGGACGGUGAAACAAGGACAGACACUGACCUGCCCAGCAGUCUACAACUCACAGACCAAGGAAUAUGUGGUAGUCUCAGACAGCAAGGUGAUCAGAAUUUGGAAGGAAGAAGACAUACUCUUGGAAAAGGCCUUCAAAGCAACCGUGUCGUCAGAUGUCUCGAGGGUCCACUGUGUGGCUGGAGGGGAGCCUGUUGUCUUGUUCCAUCGAGGAGCUGUGAGGCUCCUGGACUCCCUACUUUCUGCUCCCCAGCAGCCCAUAGAGGAAGUCCUGGCUCAAGAAGAGGCCAUUAGGUGGAGCACCAACAUAGUGACAGAGUCGCACACGUUUGUCAUUUUCACAACCGAACAGAAAGGAGAUCAUUUCCUGUACCUGCAGAGACUGAAUCCCAACACCCUACAGAGGUACCGGCUGGAGAGGGAGGAGCCGGGUCUUUCCCUGCUCAGCUUCUCUGCCUCCUACAGAGAUAAACACAUCCGCCUGCUUUAUCUCUACCCUAACGGUCAUGUAUACCAGAGCGUAGUCUCUGUGCAGGGCCUGGUGGCUGACGAGGGGGCCCAGGCUCUUCCGCUGCCUCGCAGCCUGCUGCUGGGUCUUCCCGUCGGUGAGGGCCUACUGGAGGCUGCAUCCGCUCAGACCCUGGACGAAGCCCAUGUAGCCGUUGUGGGGGUUCCACACCCCUCUGCCGGAUCUGGCAACGACUUCCUCUGCAUCUGGAAUACCAACUUCCAGACGCUUCAGGCAGGAAAAGAGAUGGCGGGUAAAAUCUAUGGCCAGCUCUGGAGUUUUUGUAACAGGUUAGUCAUUCCACAUGGGAAAACCCUCACUGUUAUUCCAUAUGAGUGCCCCAAAUCGUCCCUGGCCUCUGCACUGGGAAAACUGAGGCAGAUCAAGACUGACGAGUCCGAAGCCCCCACUUCUGUACCAUCUUGGAAUAACAUCCUCCAUGAAGAGAAAGCUCAUCCCUCGAGAACAGUGGACACCAGGAAGACGAGAACAAACCGUAAGAGCCAAUCAGCACCUAGUUUGACAAAUUACCAAGUUCUGGAGCUUAUCAAGACAGCACCAGUAGAAGAGGUCCAGAGAGAGGUGGAGGUGCUGCUCUCGAGGACAGACAUCCAGGGUCUGCACCCGUCGGUGGGCCAGCUUGCGUCAGCCCUCGUGUCCCGGAGCCUGGCUGAUCCGGCCUUCUAUACCCCCGGCAGCCUGGUUCAGCUAGUGCACACUCGGUGCCUCUGCCACAGUGUGUGUCCUGACCUCGUGCUCCUGGCCCUGGAGAGGAAGGACUACUUCCUGUGUCAGCUCUGCUUGCAGUUCUUCCCGGACAUCCCUGAAGCGGUCACCUGUGCCUGCCUUAAGGCCUUCAUCAGUAUGUCUGACGUUGAUGCAGAGAAAGUGAGCCUGGAGCCAGACAGUGUCUCCUUCACCGAAACCCUGAUUGCUCGAGAGCGCGGGCCGGUCGGCUUUCUAAAUGGCUUCACCGCCACCUCCGCUGACGGGGACCGUUCAGACGGCCUCGGUGGAGGUGACACCAGAGCACAACAAGACAAGGAGAAGACCGCAACUCCACCAGAACAGAUCUGUCCAGUGGGAUUACACAAAGCUGUUCUACUAAAUGAGGUCCUGCAGACGGCGUACAGCGACUCUUUCCUGCUCCCACACCUGAAAGAUCUCUCUUCCCAAAAUGUUGUUCUUUUCCUCCAGUACCUGCAGUUCCUUUACAUAAAAUAUACCCAGGGCGCUGUCCCACAGAUGCAUGGAUUGAGAUCACCGAGCCAGACUCAGAUCAUGGAUUGGGUAUGCUUGCUGUUGGACGCCCAUUUCACAGUGCUGGUGAUGACUCCAGAGGCCAAAGGCUUACUGCUGAACCUCCACAGCUUUGUCAAGUCUCAGGUGGAACUGGUUUCUGAGCUGGGAAAGCUCGAGGGAAGCCUCCAAGAGCUCAAAAAGAUGAAGGUGAAGAAGGACGUCGGACAAUACUCCAUUGAAAUCGUUGAGCUGUUUUAGAACGUGUAUACUUUUUAAUAAAUCUUUGAGCAUAUUGUGUCUUUCCAACUUUUCACCUGUAGUGGUUUCAAGGUUGUAUACUUGUCUGAAAUGGUAAAAUAUUUUUGGAAAACAAUGUUAGCCAUCAGACUCGAGAUGUAUGAGUUUUACUGUAUAUGAAUUCUUGGUGUAAGUUAGGCGUUGCAUAAGUUGCAGAUGCCUUUGAACCAUGUUAAUAGGUUCAAGAUGAUGGAAAUUUGGCCAUUAAGAUAAUAUGGUUUGAACGAUAAAUGAAUGGUCUGCUCAAUGCCAAACUGGUUAAUAAUUGUCAUAAUCCUAGUAGGACUCUACCAUUGAACACAAUGAUUGUAGAAUGAAUGGCUGUUUCUGUCAGCUGUGACUUUACUGGUUUCCACAGGAAAGCUUUUUAUAUUGAAUACAAAUAUAUAACUGGAGAAAACUGCUAACCCUUGUGACUUUUUUUUGUUUGUUUCAUGAAAUGGUAUUCUCAAAUACUUGUGAAUUAGCGUGGGAUGCAUUGACGUUAGUGGCGAUCGCCGUGAUUUUAGCACGCUUUUACGAAUUUGUAUUAGUUUUAUAAUACACAAUGGUUAGUAGGUCAUUGUACUAGUUUGUGCAGAAAGCGGCCUAGUCACUCUGUGGCACGAAGUUACUACGAAACAUUUAGAUUCUACUGAGAGGGUUAUGAGGAGCGGUGUGAAGAGAAGUAAAUCUACAAGAGGCCUUAUUGAAACACGCUAAAUAUAAAACGGUUAACAAGCUGCUACUACUUCGUGUAGAACGAGCAUUCAGCACGUUAACGUUACUAGUAUUGAGCUAGUUACGAUGGCAUACUUAACGUGGUAUAGCGGUCGCAAUAACAAAUGCUCCAUCUCCACCACACGUAACGUUAAGUAAAUGCUCAGAUUCCCUCC